UGUUGAUGAAAAAGAAAUGAGAGAAAUAGAAGAAGUAAUAAGAAGAGAAGCAAGAAUGAGAGAUAUAGAAGAAGCGAAAAGAGAAAUAAGAGCAAGAGAAAAUAAAAGAGAAAGUCAAUAG